UAUGUAGGUAGAGUUGCCUCGCAUACAGUAAUAUCGAACUGCGAAAAAAGAGGCAACCAUUUUUCUCCGUCGAUAUCGGGUACGCGAGAUUGUGCAGAUUUUCCGUUUUUCAUCGUUACCGUCGUAGGUUUUGUCGCCGCGAAAACGUUCUAUUCGUUCGGGAAAAGUGACUGAGUGUGAAUAUUGCUGAGGUGGAAGAAAUCGAAGACGUGAAUUGGGACUGGACAGUGGAAAUAUUCACCAAUUUACUGGUGGACCGGACGCGAAGGGUGCGCGUUUCUCUUGACCAAUAGCAGAAAGCACCACUGGGAAUAAAAAGUGAAUAGUGAUGUUUUUUUUUCUUUUCGUCUUCCGAAUGUGACUGUUUUCGGAUGAUUGAAUUACUGCCUCUUGAUAAGUUUUGAAUGUGGAACUAAGCAUCGGCGGCUCGUUCAGACGGAACAGAACGACACGGUUCCGAACGGUAAACCAUCAGUUUAACGCCAGCCAUACUGGAGGAAUCCGGAUUGAAAGGAUAUCCUUCCUUAUCUCCACGAUCACCAACACCACGCACUAAUAGCGAGCAACGAAACACAGGAGUUUGGAUAUUCUCGGUGCCACAACCACGCGGGAAGCAGACGACGAUAACUCCGUUAGGAUACAAAGGGCAUGUUUUCCACUUUCAUUGGCCUAAUUGAUAUUCAAUCAUGGUGGGAGGUGCCCUGCAUUGCACACUUCUGUUCGCUGUUUAGUGGCUCCUUUCAGUUACCGGAUUUCGAUAUAGAGGACCUCGAGGAAGCGUUGCUGACCGAUGCCGACGUUGAAAGUGAGGUCGAUCUUAAAGUCUACAACGCACGACUGUUGUCAGAUCUUAUCGUUGCACUGUUAAAGGGUUGUGACGCACUCAGCCAGAUUGUAGCACACAUCAGUCCGAGUAAUUAUCAGAUGUUCUUGAGACGAUUAUUUCGCCAAAAAUGUCAGGAGUACAACAUUGACAAUCCAUUUAAUACUGAUACUGAUUUUGAGAAAUUGCCACUGCGUACCAAGAUUUUGAUUUUGAAAUACCUGUGCGAUUUCCGUUUAGACUCAGCUGACGUAUACAACAGUUUUGCUAAUCUCGAGGCGGACAGCUUACGAGUGGAACCGCUUGGUUACGACAGUAAAGGUUCCGCUUACUGGUAUUUCUUUGGCACACGACUAUAUCGGGAGGACUACGAAACACCAUCCGGAAAGGGCAACAAAUCAUCGAAACGAUCAAUUUGGCAGGUUAUUUGCUUCACCGAGGAAGACUGGCGUAAUUUAGCCGGCAAGUUUCAACGCUCCAAAAACGAAAACGAGCGUUCAUUGCUGCAGCAGCUCGAAGAAAACUUUUUGCCAAACAUUCCAAAGAUCUUCCGCGACAAAGAGCGCGAACGAAGAAACAAACUUCUGGAACGUCGUACUUCAUCGCGCAUAAAGCACUUCGAAGAACGUCGGCUAGCUGAUAUCUACCGCCAGCAAGAAAUCGAACAAGCCCAGAAGGCUCUGCAAAGAGUGAAUCGACCACCGCCAAGGUCCGAAACACCACCACCACCACCCAAAGCAAAUCCUUCCGAAGAGAGAGCCAAACGAGCCGAACGACGAUCACGUUCGAACUCGGUCACAAGUAUAGUAUCAAUCUACGCAAGCUCGCCAGAACCUCUCACCAGUGAUCUUAUUUUUCAGCCAAAAGAAACCGAAUCCCUAAUCCUAAAUACUACUUCUAAUAAGCAUUCAAGCACAAAACUUUCGAUCGAAACCGCUAAUCUUCAUUCCCCCGCUUCCCCAUCCUCUGAGUUAGGCUCUGAGCAAACCGCGAGCGCGGACAUUUUAGUGUGUUCCGAACACUCCAAACGAGACUCGCAAGAAGAAGUCUACGAAGAAGAAACAAACGCAAGUGUCAUUGAACAAUUGAUAAACAAUAAUUGUACUGAGGUUAUUGGCUCCGGUGCCAGUGUUGCUAGCAGUGAAAGCAGCAGUAGUGGCGUUAGCAGCCGCAAUCGUGAGAAAACUCCGACAUCACCGUUGAAAGACGAACCACUGUCAGCGCCUUCGACACCGCCACCACCAGUAACUAAAAAGGCCAAACCAAAGCGACCUCUCAAAUCGCUCAGUGCAGAAAUCGAGCGCCUGUUGCAGUACAAUCCCAAUAUGGCACCUACGACAACUAAACUGCCCGGACGGCAGACCAACAAUUCUCUUUCGUCGAUAACGGGUCCGGUAAUUUUGCCGUUUGCCGAUACUCCGCCCAAAACCUCCAGCAGUAGCUCGGGCAGCAAAAAUGGAGACCCAAAUGCCGCUGCUAGCGGCGGCGCCGGCGGAGGAGGAGGAGCAAGCAGCGGUGGCCGAAAAAAGAAGAGCAAAGCCGCGCAAGUUUUUACCGAAACCGAAGAAGUUCUACAGAUCGGCAUGCAUAAGGUGCUCGAGUACAUCAAGAACCACGACGAUGCUUGGCCAUUCAUGGAUCCGGUGGACGAGGACAUUGCCCCGCGCUACUAUUCCAUUAUUAGGCGACCAAUGGAUCUGCAGAAAAUGGAGGAAAAGCUGGACAACGGGGAAUAUCUAUCGUUUGGUGAUUUUCGCAACGAUUUCAAACUGAUCGUUAACAACUGUCGAUUGUACAACGGACAGGCGAAUGAAUACACCGAAAUGGUCAACAACCUUCAGCUGGCAUUCGAGAAAGCAACCAAAAAAUACUUCGACUCUAACUCUUCUGAUGAGGAGCAAACGCUAGAAUAUCCAGUCUUCAAAGAGAAACAACCUUUUGCAGCCAGCGGCAAUAGUGGAAGUGCUGGCGGAAAGAGUAACGAGUCCACCAGUAGCAGUACCAGUGGGAAUAACAACAAUAAUAAUAACAGCAAAUCUUCCAAAGAGACUAAAAGUACCAAGAGUGGGGGUAAGAAAAACAGUAAUAGUGGUAAAAGUAGCAGUAGUGCAAAAAACAGUAAAAGUGCUAAUGCAGAGGAAACAAGACAUUCAGCAUCCGAGGGUGGUAACAAAAAAGAAGAAAGUAUUAAGGACAUCAAGAAAGUGAAAAGUGAAUCCAGUGAAAAUUCUGUUGCUAGAAAACUUGCUGGAAGUAGCGGGAAUAGUGCAAAGAAAACGAAACCUACUGAACAAACUGAAAAACUGAAAAACAGUGCUAGUGAAGGUAAAGGUUCAAACGCAAAGGGAUUGAAGCGUAAACGAAAAGAGAAAGAUAAAAGCAGCAAGGGAAAAACGAAAAAGUUCAAACCCAGUGAAAGUGACGAAGAAGAGGAAUGUGAUGAAAAUGGUGACGAACAAGAAGAGGAAAAAGUGAGCGCAAGUGUAAACAGUAGUCGCGGUGCUGAAAGAACGAAACAUCGGUCUCCAACGCCCGACCGUCAAGAAGAGAAGAAGAAAUCGUCCUCUAAAUCAAAACGAAAAGAACAGAAAGGGAAGGAGCACAAAGGAAGGACCCGAAAGUCCGAAAAAGAGGAAAAACCAGCUACGGACAAACGCGACUCUAAUAAAAAAGAGCGCCAACGGUCACGGUCUCGAUCUCGAUCCGGUACUAAGUCGCGAUCAGUUUCCCCAGCUCCCAAACAAACCACUGUACCAUCUGGGUCUUUUCUAUCUCCAAAAAAAGUCGAUAAGCGUAGGGAACCAUCGACACCAAAGCAUAGGCAUGGUAAGAAGAGUCGAACGGAAGAACACCUUUCAGACCAAGACGACAGAACACUGAAAGCGGAUAAAACGGUUGACUCUUCCUUGAGCUCGAUAUCCCCGUCUCCAGUCAAAAACAAACGGAGAAGUAAAGGUCAAACGCCGAAACAUCAAGUCCACAGUGUCAGUGAAGAGUGCUCCAACUCGCGGACUAGACAGGAACACGACGAUCUGAGUAAUGCAUCGGCGGAUGCGGAGCGGUCUUCAAACGUAAAAACCGAUGACGUUUUGGAGGAAAGCGUCAAGGAUACACCAGCUGCAGAGAAAGAAAGUAAAAGGGAUAAGAAGAGUAAGAAAAGUAACCAAAAAUCUGGAAAAAAUAAAGGAAAAAGCAGGGCUGAGGAGAAAUCGAAGAAAGUUAAACAAAAGGGGAAAAAUGGAAGGAAUAAAAAAUCCAAAGGCAGAAGUUUGGAUGAUUCCUCCUUGGUUUCCCACAGUAAUGACGAUGAAAUUAAUGACUCGAUCGAAGAAGAUAAGAAUAAGAACCCUGCAGUAGAGAAAGAGAUUAUAAGUGCCUCAAAGAAACAACCGAAGGAUUUUUCCAAGUACACAACACUUCCCAGGGAUAGAAGUACCUCUAGAAGUUUCUCCAGGUCUCCCAGUCCGCUGCCUUCAAUCAGAGAUGAUUAUUCUUCGUUUUCAGACCAUUCUAUGGAGUUUGAUGAAGACGUGCCAAUGGGUAGUCCAUCGAAAAAGCUUCCUACCCGACCAAUUACACCGGACAUUAUAGACAAAUACGAUCUCAUCAAACAACGGCGCCGCAAUCAGACGGUAUCCGUACCGCCAACCGUUGUUCCGCCGCCGGCCAAUGAUAAAACAGUGAAAGCAAAAAGUCACAAAACUCAAGAAGGUAGUCGAAAGAAACAAAAAUCUGAUCAACCACAAACCAACAGUCCAAGUGCCUCCUCAACUUUGCCGCCUAUGAAAGGAACGAAAAACAAGGUAGAAGAAGAACAACCUCUCAAAGUUAAAGAAGCUGCCACCAAAGGUAAAAAGAAACGAGAUCGGUCGCCUGAUGCUAGCUCUCACGACCCAGUUGAGCCGGUUUCCAAAUGGAACGCAGAAGCGGAGCUUCGACCUCCAUCACUGGAAAAACCACGACCGUCGUAUAAGGACGAAAAGGUAGAAAAGCAGCGAGAGCCGGACAAAAAAGCAGCUCCCUGCGAUGAGUAUGAUUUUGUGGAUGAUUCCCCGUUGGAAACAAUUGCACCAAAACAAGCAACACCCAUUGCUUCGCCAAUAGAAAAGAUUCCAAAACCUGUCAAAAAUAAGACAGAUUCCAGCAGCAGAAAACAAAACCAAAAGCCCAAUAAAACUCCUCACGGUAGCUCAUCGCGACCUUUCCCUAUCGGAGGGGCCAAUAAACAACCAAAACAAUCUGGAGCUAACAUGGAAGCACUGGAGCUGGAAACCGAGCAAACCUUGAAAGACAUCAACAAGUGGCUGGAAAAUACACCUCGAUUUUCAGAAUACAGCUCUGCCAGUAACUCACCAUCUCGGUACAUCAUGGACGACCUAGAUGCAGUUACAGCUAAAAUUGAUGCUGCUGAUUUCCGUAAACCAAUACCGUUAUCGCAGCUUCCGGAAGAAUCUGACAAGCCAUCUCUGAUCCCCUCACCCCAGCUGUCUAUUGGCCCACCACCUUUAGUAGCGCUUUCGACGCCUUCCGUUCCCAGCGUAAUGUCCCCGAAAAGGGUGACGCCUCCAAUUCAUGGUGCAACUUCAACGAAGGAAGCUCCCAAAUCUAAACUGCCAAAGGAACAAUCGUCUCAAGACGUGAAUCCGCUUAAAGAAUCAAGCGCAAAUGUACCCAUUUCUUCGGCAAAACCUCAGCAGCAGCAACAGCAGCAGGCACCCCCACCAACACAGACAGUGCCAGCACAUAAUCUUCCAGCUCCGCCUCCGAUUGAAAGACCAUUACUGGGUCCUCCACCAAUUAUUCCUCCCCACUCGCAAAAGAAGGAACCAAAGGAACCGAAACGGAAAAGUCUCAAAGAGAAGCUAAGCCAACUUGGUUCUCGAAAGCGGGAAACCGUACAGCAUCACCGCACGACCAUAGAUCGUCUACAACCAGGUAAAUCUAAGGGUAACCUUAUUAGUUCAAUUCAAAAUCUCAACAAACCGGAAGAGUUGUUUCCUCUAGGUGGGGGAAGUGGUGUUAUCCCUGGUGCUUCCGUUGGUCUAGCCGGUACGAAAUUAAAGGAAGUUAAAAAUUCUUUAAUUGUCAAAACGGACGAAUCAAAGCCCAAACUAAGUCUGGGAACGGUGCUUAAUACGGCCGAAGGUUUCGGGCUCGGUCAACAGCAUGAGUUUGCGGACGAGAAGAAGGAAAAUGUCGAAACAGUGGAAACUGCUACUAGUGACAUGGAUAAACCUUUGGAUUCGUUGAGUAGUUCCAAAAUUGAUUCUAUCAGUAGUCAGACGGAUAAGCUGCUGAUUCAUGAUGACUUGAAGGCAGCCAAAGCUGAACUUGCUAGAACCGAUCCGGCAAAGGUCAUGGAAUCGCCGGAAAAGGUAAUAAAAGCGGUAACAAAAUCCGACAAACCAUCAGCAACACCAAAUUUGAGCGCAUGGUUCAAGGCUUUCGGUGGGGCACCAAAGAAGCAGAAAAAGACGGAGGAAAGCGAUGAAUCUGCGAGUAAAAGUUCACCCAACGAUGGGACAAAGGGUAGUGAAAAUACUUCGCCAUCGGACGUUCCGCAGGUUCCCAGUUUGGAAAGUCCAAGUUAUCCGUCUUUGCCAGCUCCCAGGCAAAGGAAGGCAAGUACGGGCAGUACCGUUUCGGAAAGGUCUUCCUACAGUCAGGAUCCUGACAGUCCUCGCAUCGGAAUAGAUGAAAGGAUUGGAGUAUACCCAGCUCCUUACCCCAGUCCUAUGGGUGCAUCUCCUGUUAUGACUUCACCGAAGCUAGAUGAUACCCAAAAGAGUCCGUACCCGAUGAAUGGAGCAAUCAAAGUAGGAUUCUAUCAGGAUACGACAACCAAAAGCAGUCCAGAGAAAAGCUGCAGUCCAAGAGAUUUGCCUUCCCCGUAUCCACAAUACUCACAACACUUGUAUACUGCUAACUCUGGCAUGGCUGCAAACAGCGUAUAUGGGAACUAUUCGUAUGGGGCCAAUAGCGCUGUUGCUGUGACCGCUUCGACCAAUUCCUCGGAAACGUUUAAGAGCUAUGACCAGUACAAACAGCCUGCUUCCCAAGAAUCAGACUAUAAUUCAUCGAUGAGCCCCAGUACAAAUCCAAACUCUCCUUAUCAUAAUCAGCAAUCGUCGCCUUAUCAGCAGCAACCCAAUUCACCGUAUCAACAGCAACAGCAAGGUCAAAGUUAUAAUCAACAACAACCUAUACCUUCGCCGGCUUCAUCUGGUCCGCUGUCUCCAUAUAGUAACAAUUCGCUCGCGCCACAAUCAGUACAACAAAGUCCAGCUCAAUCAGUUAGCGGCCAUUCACCUUUUAAUCCGUCGCCGACGUCGCCUUAUCAAACGCCUCAACACCAGUCUCAGAAUCAGCAGCCACCACAGCCGCAAAAGCCUAACCAGUCGCAGCAACAACCAACGCAACAUUCAUCGAAACCAAAUACCCCAAUUCACCAGAGCCCCAACUCGCCGUUCUCUCAAUCGAAUCACAGCUCACCAUACUCACAGCAGGACCCCAAUUCACCGUACUCCCAGGGUCAACUGUCUCCAUUCCAGCCGAUGUCACCGAAGCCUUCACCAAUUUCCACUAUACCUCAGGGAACAACUAAUAACAGCCUAAAACUAGCCCCGCCCAUCAUUACCCCUCAACAAGCAGCAGCUGCCGCUGGAGUGACACUGCCGGAGUCGCCAGUAAACAAUCUGUCACAGCAGCAGACCUCACCCCAGCAUCAACAACAACAGCCGCAACAUCCGGCUGAAACACCUGGAUCUCAGCAGACUCACCAGCAGUCGCAACUCCCCAGUCAGCUUAAUACUCAACAAAACCCUUGGAAUCAGCAGCAACAGACGAGCUAUAAUCAAUACUCCGAUAGCUCAUCCUUAACCAUGGGGACAACAUUGCCGGCACCUGCACACAUGCACCAUCACCAUCAGCACCAGCCGCAGCAGUCCCAAUCGCAACCUCAACAGCAACAGAAACCACAACCGGCACAUCACAAUGUUCAACAAAUGCCACCUUCGGCUGCGCAUCUGCUUUCGUCACAACAACCGCAACCACAGCAACAACAGCAUCAGCAAACACCAUCCUGUGGGCAACAGCAGAAUCUUAACAACCUCACACCUGCUCACACGCAACCGAGCAACGGUCAACAACAGCAUAGCCAUUUGAGCACUCUGCUGAGCAGCAACAACCCGUACACCUCAAACUACGGUCGACAAGCGUACGAAUCUGCUGCUGCUGCUGCGCAGAGUCAACCGCAACAACAUGAUGCUAGUAACAGCGCUAAAAAUCAACCAACCAAGGUACCUGAUCUGAUCAAUCUGGGCUACAACAGUAGCGGCAGUAACGAAAUCAGUAGUAAGGCUCAACCACAACACCAGGAAGUCCCGAUGAAUAUGGGCGCUAAAGCAGCCGAUAACACAAAGGAAAAGGAAAUGGCCAAGCAGCAGCAGAUGUUCGAGCUUAUGGGAGCUAUGGGCUACGGGAACCCGAUGGAUAUUUCCAUCAGUAAGAGCAAGGCAUUCGAUAUGUUCAACCGAGCGGCUACGAUGACUUUUCCCAGAGGUUUUCCCUCGGCUAAUGGUCAAACUCAACACCAGCCGCAACAGCAGCCACAGCAGCAAGAUGCUACAAAAAUUACCUACGGGGGAUCCAAUAGUGCUGCCGGAUAUGAUCAAAUGCAGACCAACACUAAUAAAGCACAUGACAUGAGUGGAAGUCAAGCCUACGGUAUGCCUCACCAGCAGUCUCAACAAUCAAAAUCAAACCAAAAUGACAUACUUUCGGCUGGCAAUCUUCGAGGUAAUACUGCGAAUUACGAUCAACGGCCAGCAGCACCGGUUACGACUGUUCCGCCACACCAGCAACAUCAUCCGCAGCAGCAGCAGCAACAACAAAGUAAUAUGGAUCUUAGUACCGGGUACAAAGCAUUCAGCGGUCAAUCGGCAUCCAGUCUAAUGGAUCCUGCAAUACGCAAUCUGGCCUCAUUAUCCUCUCUGUAUCAGGCCGACGAACGAUUACUCGCUUCGAGUUCAUCAACGGCCGGAUACUAUGAUAAAAGUAUACCUCCAGCUGCGCACAUGUACGGGAAAAAUCUGUCAUCGGACACGUCUUCCACAAUCGGUUCGACAACGGCAUCUUCGGCUCUGCAGCAAAUGUUCAACACAUCGAUGGCUACAACAAUGGCAUACAAUGCGGCAGCACGAGACCAGCAAGCAGCCUACGGAGCAAACUAUCAUCAUCAUCAGAGAAGCGAUCUUCUUGGACAAGGACAGAAGGUUCCCUUGAACAUCCCUUCCGUUGCAAAUACAGUAACGGCAGCACCUGAGCCGACCAAACCAAAAAGGGGUCGCAAGAAAAAAGAAAAUCCGGAACAAUUGCAACAACAACAGCAGCAGCAUCAGCAAAUGCAGCAUCCACAGCAAACUCACCAGCAUCCAUCGCAACAGCAGCAGCCCAACGCAGCUCAUCAAGGCUUCCAGACAUACUCUGGCCUAAAAACAACUCAACCAAGUUCUUCCAGCAACCAAACGGCCACAACUUCAAGCGUUGCAGGCAAUGUUGCAUCCAACACUAAUUCGGAGCCUUCAGUAAUUUCGUUAAAAACGGCAAAUAUUGUCCCGGGCAGCGCUUUCAAUUUUGGACCGGGGCCUACUGGGCUAGGUCUUCCGACAAGUCUAUACGGUGAAAAUUCCCCAUAUCUGGAUGAAUUCCGCGCCAAUCCAAACCCGUAUCCAUACCUCGCCUCUAGUCAUCCUCGUGGUCCGACCGGGUCUUCUUCCUCGUCUGGUGGACCAGCAGCCGACGGAUCAGAUAAGGUGGCGAAUGCCUCAGCUGCAAGCACCUCUGCUGCCGUGGCGGUAGCGGCCGUCGCUGCGGCUGCCGUUCACCAGCCACCUCCUCCGGCGGCUUCUCCAUAUCACCAGUUUCUCUCUCACCCGUCGUCCCGUCCGUCGCCAUAUCAAUUCAUGAAUCAACUGGAUCCCCUGCACCAUCCCUACAUGCGCCAGGAAGAAUUCCGCGCCCAAAUGAUGCUCAACCAAAGUCUUGGUUUGGGUGCCCCCGGCGCACAUGGGCCACCACCGGGAGCGUAUGGACAGCCUGCAGCUUACCAUCCGGCUCUGGGCAUCCAUAAACCUUAUGAUGCCAUGAACUCGAUGAAUCGACCACCGUGGCUAUAACAGCAGCAACAAGAUGUCACCAACGCUGCCCCGGUGGUGGUGACGGCCAGGACCGGCUCUACUGCUGCAGCACCCGGAGGAGACAUCAUGGCAACAGCGAAUUUGGAUCGAGAUUCUGCUGCUGCUGCCAGCAGCGCGAGCGCAGUCGGUCUAACGGAAGCCCGACACGAAUCAGUGGUUUGGGACGCUCGUUCGCGAAAUCACACCCAUAAUUUCUAGGACGCGUGCGCAAUAUGUUAUAUCUCUCGUGAUGUUGAUUUUAAACGAAGUGAUUUUAAGUUUUAAAGUUUAUUUUUUAAACUGCGACACAUAUAUGUAGGUAUAUAGUUUUUUUUUCGGUUUUUCGAAGAAAAGGAAAACAAACUGGUAGGUUUACAAACGUAAGAGAAACGAUGUGUUUUCAAAACAUUAGCGGUUGCUGGUAAGAUACACAGUUUGUGACGCUGAGAUUGCAGGUAAAGGUUGUAGCUGCCGAAGUUUUUAUUCUAGGGUUGAAAUAUACUAUGCACGUGUUUUUAGCGCAGUGCGUAUUCUGGCACAAAUUCUUAACAAACUCUCUAUAAAUUCGGGUUACCCAACAUUUCUUGGCUAUUCAAACAUCACCAAAUUGAUACCUACGCUUUUUUCGUGUAGAUGUUAUUCUUUCAGGCGAAAUUCCGCCCGGAUUUUUUAAUAUAUCCUAUCGGCAAACGUAAACAAACCGCGUGAGAGUUUGCAGAUAGAAUCUGUUCAAAAAUCAGGUCAGACUUGUUCUUUUCCAAUAAGCAUUAAAAAGCGAACAAAAAAUGUUUGUCCACUAGUUUGUUGUUUAUAUGAGCAUAUAUCUAUGUUUUCUUGAAAUAAAGGUGUUUAUAUUUGCUAAAUUUGUGCUUUAGGCUUCGCAUUCAUGUAACUAUCACUUGAAAUAAUUGAGUUCUCGCUGUAAACCCUUGUCCCACGGUUUAUCUUCCAGAUAGGCCCAACAUUUCUACUGUUGUUAAGUUGUUGCUGUUCUUAAACAGCAGUUUCGUAAUGCUUCACGGUAAUAACCAUGCUUUGUUGACAGCAAUAAUCUCUGAUUUAAUCUAUAUGCUUAAUACAAACGACAAAAUAAAAGCACCUGCUUUAUCGCCAUGUAUUAUUUCACGUGCCGAGUGUCCGAAUAGUAUAACCCGUAAACUAUCAAUUAUCAAGUGUGCAAUAUCCAAAUAAUGGUUUCUAGUUCAAACCUCAUCGCACUAUCUUCUUUUGUUUUGUACCAUAAACACGCUUUAAAAUAGUAAUCGGCUACUAAAAGGUCGCAGUGCAACCUCCAGGAAUGUAAAAAAUGGUAUUUUUAAGAAACUAUUUUGGUUUUCGGUGCCAACAGUGGCGACAAAAAUUAACGUUGUUAUUUUGUAAUAUUUUGUUGAAGCUCUUUAACCCAACAGAAAUUUUAGAAGGAAUUGGAGUGAACAAAUUCAAGCGUCGUCAUUUUGUAAAUGUACCCUACAGUGGGAUAUUCUGAAAACCGGUUCGUUUAGCCUUAGCCUUAUAAAUACAAUAGGGAAAAAACUAGUUUAGCUCGGUGUACGCAUUAUAGAAGCAUCAAUUACGGAUCUAUGUUAAAUAUUUGUUGUCUCAAAGUUCGUACACUUGCUUCCACAAAGUGGUUCCCGCAUAAAAGAGCGAUCAGUGUUUUAGUAGUAAAUAACAGUGAUAAUUUUAAUUAUUAGUGCUGAGUACAAGCUAUAUAACAAACAUAGAAUAGGGGUGAUAGGGGCAAUAUGGGCCACCUAAGCAAAACGCGUCACAAAACAUGUAGCGCGUAAUCAAAAUUCUAAUAAUUAACAUAAACUUACGAUUUGACAUGUCUUUGAUAAAUUAACAAUGUUAGAAUAUUGAUUGACUAUGAACAGCCAUCAAAUUUAAAUGUUUAAAAAAUGAUACUUUUUGCUUCGUUCAAAAACCAUACGGGGCGUAAUGGGCCACUAUACGGGGCAAUAUGGGCACUUUAAUUAAAGUUACCAUUUUAGCCAGUUUUUACUAGAAAAUAACAUAAAAGAUUAUAUGAUUUAAAAAAAAAGAGAAAUGGUGACUAUUUGCAUUUCAUUUAGCGAUUGUUUUAUGAUUGUUUCUAUUUACCGAUUUUUUUUCAGUUGAACAACAUAGGCAACAUGGCGGUUCAAGUGGCAGGUAGAUGAAAGACACAACUUUUGCUCUGUAACCGCUAUUUUCGGGUUGAUUGUUGGGUACAAUUACGCAGCAUUAUACUUGACUGUGUCAUUUUAAUGUUUAUAUUACUUUCAAGCGUUUAUUGGUUAUGUACAAAUACAUUACCAGGUAUGCUCAUUAUGCCCCUUACAGCUAUGCUAAUCAAAAAUAAUUAUAAUAAUGCGAUAAAACAACAAAAUAUCUCAAUUAUACAAAGUGAUUGUUCAUAUAUGGUAAUAGUAGCCAUAUAUGGAGUGGAGAAGUCCAGAACACGCAACGAAAUAGCUAUAGAGCUUAUUUUGUGGGUUGCAAUUCUUAUAGUAUUUUUACAAUCCUGAGUCGGCUCGAGUUUUUUCUCAAUA